AUGGGCCGGUCUACGGCGCUCGCAUGGCUGCUUGCAUGCGUGAUGGCGUGCGCCGCGGGGCCCGCGAGCGGCGUGGCGCUCCUGCGCGAGCACGCGCCCACAGGUCUCCCGCCCUCGACGGCCGCGUGGGUGACGCAGCUGGCCGGCAACACCGGGCUCCAUCCGUCGCUGCGGAUAGCCCAGACGGAGGAGGGGCCCGGGGGCGCCUAUGUCGCCCGGGCGGUCCGUGACAUCCCCGCGAGUGAGCCUCUUCUGCGCGUCACGACGAGAGCCGGCGUGACGCCGGGGUUCGCCGCCGACGACGUCGACCUGGUCAAGGCUGCUGCGUUCAUACUCCUCCUCCAGGACGGCGUGCCGGCGCGCGAGGCGGCGUCGCGAGCGGCCCGGGCCAGCGCGCAGGAGGUGGUUGCUGUGCAGCGCAGCCAGCGGAGCGGCAAGGCCGCGACGCAGGGCGCGGAUCUCGCGCUCGUCGCGACCGCUGUGGUCCACGAGCACUUCGCGCGCGCAGGCCGGCUGCCUGCGCGCAGGGCAUGGCUGGCGGAGCAGCUCGAGCGGCCGCUGCCAAGCACGCCCGACCAGUGGACGCCCGCAGAGCGCGCCCCGCUGGACUGCACCGAGGCCAGCGAGGCGCACCUCGACCUCCCGAGCAGCCUGUCUGCGCUGUUCGAGCGCUUCCUGCAACCUCUCACGGCACACCUCCCCGCAGAGUUUCCGCCCAGCGUAUACAGCAAAGACCGCUUCGAGUGGGCCGCGCGAAGGGUGCUCGCGUGGUCGGUCGACGUGCCCGCCCCGCCGGGAUCGCCGGGCGCCCCGAUCCCCGCCCUGAUGCCCAUCCUGUCUGCCUUUCGCGUCGCGGCGUCCGGCGCGGCCGUCGCGCACGUCGAGUUCCAGUACGAGGGCUCCCCCGACGAGGCGGUCGCGGUCGCGGCGGCGCGGCGCGCCGUGCGGGCCGGAGAGGAGGUGGUCCUCGCGCCGUGGCGUGACGGGCGCUCGCUGCUGCGCACGCGCGGCGCGGUGGUCGCCGGCAACCCGCACGACGUCCUCGAGGUCGCGAUCCCGCUCGCGGGGCCGCCGUCGGAGGACCCCCGCCGCGCCCGCCGCGUGCAGGCGUUCGCCCCAGUCCUGGCCGACAUGCCCGACGUCGUCCGCCUCGCAGACGCGCCGUCCGGCGACGGCGGGCUCGCCGCGUUCGUGACGCUGCGUCCGCACGCCCGGGACGACCGCGGCGCGACGGCGGCGGUGCGUGCGGCGCGCGUUGCGGUCGCGGACAGCGACACUCUGAUGGACUUUGUGUUCACGACGGAGCUGUUGACGGGCGACGAUCGGCCGUACACGUUCGAGAUCGAGCAGCGUGCGCUCGGGCUGGCGGUGCGGGCGCUCGCGGCGUGCGACGCGUGCCCCGGGAGCGUGCGCGGGGACGAGGACACAGUGGCGCGCGCGGCGGGGGCGGCGCGCACGGCGACGGAGUACCGCGUGGCGCGGCGGCGGCUGUGCGUGCGCGCGCGAGAGACGUUCGAGGAGGCGUUGCGGGAGCUCGCAGCGCGGGGGCCGCGGGCGCCGUACCCGGUGCGCGACAUCAACGCGCUAGUUAUGAUGACGGAGGGGGAGACGCUGCCGCGGUGGGGGUGGCGCGCGGUGCCCGGGGCCGCAUGA